CACGUCAGGCAGUUGUGUUGGGAACGUCGUUGUUUUAAAAGGCCAAGAAGCUUUUUCCGGCCAGGAAUUUUGUUGCUGGCUAACACAGCCAUGAGUACAAAUGGAGCUGCCGAUAGAUACUCCAAUCAUACUCUUGAAAAGGUGGCGAGAACUAAAGCAACGAUUGAAAGUUUCUACGCAAACUUGAUCACUCAACACCAAGAGAGACAGAACAGAUGGAAAGUCUUGGAAAUGAAUAUGGAACAACAAGGGUUGACAGAAGAAGAGAAAAAAGAAUCAAGAAGCCAUCUUGCAAAGAAGGAAACAGAGUUUUUGAGACUGAAAAGAUCAAGAAUUGGGAAAGAAGAUUUUGAUUCCUUAAAGGUUGUUGGACGUGGUGCUUUUGGCGAGGUACGUUUAGUGCAAAAGCAUGACACAGGCCAUGUAUAUGCAAUGAAGAUCUUGAGAAAAGAAGACAUGCUUGAAAAGGAACAGGUUGCUCAUGCCCGCGCAGAGAGAGACAUUCUUGCUGAGGCAGAAAAUCCUUGGGUUGUGAAGAUGUUCUACUCGUUCCAGGAUGGACAUUAUCUGUAUUUAGUGAUGGAGUUUCUUCCAGGUGGUGAUCUGAUGACGAUGCUCAUGAAAAAAGACACUUUUACUGAAGAUGAGACACGAUUCUACAUAGCAGAAUCAGUUCUUGCUAUAAAUUCCAUUCACCAAGUUGGAUUUAUUCAUAGGGAUAUUAAACCUGACAAUUUGCUGUUAGAUAGCAAAGGACACAUCAAAUUAGCAGAUUUUGGUCUUUGUACUGGUCUCAAGAAAGCACACAGAACAGAAUUUUACAGAGAAAUUUUACCAAGUGAUAUGAAAGAUUUCUCAUCAGCUGAACCAUUAGAUACAAAAGGCAGAGCAGCAACAUGGAAGAAAAACAGGAGGCAACUGGCAUAUUCUACAGUGGGAACUCCAGAUUACAUUGCCCCAGAAGUGUUUCAUCAGACAGGUUAUAAUAAAAGCUGUGACUGGUGGUCAUUAGGAGUGAUCAUGUAUGAAAUGCUCAUAGGCUAUCCACCAUUUUGCUCUGAAAGUCCACAAGAAACAUACAAAAAGGUUAUGAACUGGAAAGAAACACUGAUCUUUCCACCUGAGAUGCCCAUUUCAGAUAAUGCAAGAGGUUUAAUUGAAAGAUGGUGCUGUGAUCCAGAUAAAAGGCUCAGUAACAUAGAUGAAAUAAAAGCUCACCCAUUUUUUUGUGAUGUAGAUUGGCAAAAUAUCAGGGAUAGACCUGCAGCCAUUCCAAUACAUGUGAAAUCCAUUGAUGACACAUCUAAUUUUGAUGAAUUCCCGGAAUCAGAACUGGAUUCAAACUGGUUCAGAGACACAAAGUCAGAUGCGGCAGGUAGUAAAGACUGGGUUUUCCUAAACUACACAUUCAAGAGAUUCGAAGGACUCACUCAACGAGGUGUUAAGGUUCCACUGCUAUGAACAGCAUCUUGUAAAACAUAUUUUCCUGCAUACGUGAUCUUUUUUAUCUAUCUAGGUGUAAAUCUGAAGAUGAUACUAAUGAAGAACAUUUGUCAGCAGAUUUUUUAACUUCAUAUGUUUGCACAAGACAUGAGGGCUUAAUGAGAAUUACAAGAGUUCAUUUAGAUGCCAGGAAAGAAAAUGCAAUUCUUCAUUCUUGUAGAAUUACAUCUGUAAUUGUCAUUAAUUUACAUAUUUCUUACACAUCCAUGCGACAGUCAACUAACACAAAUGCUGGUUGCAGUUCAUAAGUGCAUUGUUGACUGCAGUUUGGCCUCAUUAACGUUAAUGUUGUGAAAAUUGCAGCUUGAAAAUUUUAAAAUUCCUCAAGUGCAGCUACUCUGCAGCUAUCUCUGAUAGUAAUGUUCUUUCUCUUUUAAAUCUGGAAAAUUUGGUGGAUAAUGUAUGACUUAUGUUGCUUGUGGUUUACUACUGGUGAAGUCUACAGUUUUUUGCUGGUUUUUUCAGUUGAACAUCUUUAAAUAUGUAGUACCAUGCUCUCUCUCCCUUUGUGGUAUGACUUUGUACACUGAUUACUCAGAACAUAUCAGAAAAUCCUGGUUAAAUCUCUCCCCCUUCACUCCUCAGGUCUGCUGGAGUGUAGACAGUAGUACAAUUAUUCUUCUGUCAGUCAGUAAUUAGAUGCUAAUAUGCCUCAUUUGUGAAUGCUGUUAUAUUUAUUUUUUUAGACCCUGCCCUCUCCUUAA